AUGAGCAACUCACAAUUGAAGCUAUCGCUCAAGGAUAUUAUACCGACUCACCCAGAGCCUUAUCCACCUCAACUAGUAUCGUUUGUGGACUACUUGUACCAGUUGAGCUUGCAGAAAAACCCGGUGCUACCAAAUCGAGCAGAGAUAGCUAGAUGCCAUUUCUGUGCAUAUUUGGCAGCAGAGAAGUACCAGCGGGCGUUGAAGCUACCCGAGCCGUCAGUUCGGAAAAUACCAGUGCAGCCCAAGCUAAUUGACAAGUUUUUGGACGAUUUUCGGGUUACGUUGUUGAACCAGGAGAGAUCGGCGAGUGGAAGCCCCACCACCAGUCCUACGAAGAGACGGACACAGAAAACGCUGAAUUUUACCACGCCUACGUCGUCCCCGUCCAAAAUCACCAAGCUAUCGCCCAUGAAAAAUGCGACCCCUAAAAUCAGUUCCCCGUUGAAGAAGUUGCAAGCAUUGCGAGAUCAGGAGCUUAAGCAGGCUGGAUCCAGCUCGGCACCUGCAUCGCUGGACAUUAACGACGAGGAAUCGAUCUUUAACCAGAAAGACGCAUCGGAAGCAUCUGAUUCGGUGCCCAACACUCCGUCUACACCUAGUACUAAAUACGUCAAGCGACAGAUCACCAUCGCUGACUUCAUCUCGUUCGCCAACAACUUCUUCAUUCCGGCGUCGAUUACUCCCAAGAUGGUCGAGUCCUUUGUCUCGCACAAGCACAAGUUCACCAAGAAAAACGAAUGGCUCUUAGCCUGUGGUAUGAUAAACGCAGCGUACCUGCGCAUCAACCACCACUUGCUCCAAAAAACCAUCGGGGCCAAAUCCCAAUUCCAGAACCAGCUAUUCCAGUACCAAAAGGGUGGUCUCAUGCGAUGGAACAUGCUCUUGUGGUGCAAUAUAAUUGAAGACGCCAUUAAGGAUGAACCGUGGAUAUCGGAAAUAGAACAGAACUACAUAUUUGGUAAGUCACCUUUACAUGAAGACGUAGAGAAGAGAGAAAUUGAUGCAAAAUUGGGACCUGGUUGGGAGUUAUUUGAACGUUUUGGCUCAAUGAGUCAUCCAAAUGUUCAGCUUGAUUCCGAUUCACAAAAGCUCUAUCAUAGUAUAUGGACAAACAACAUCAUUUCACAAUUGGAUAGUUAG